GCAGGUGGGGGUGGUUCUUACCUGACGAUUGGUCGACGCUUCUUGCUGAGUGCGGCCUUGCCAGUCGCACUGACCUUGCGGGCCGUAGCCGCAGCCAUGGUGUCGUACUGGCGACAGGCCGGGAUCAGCUACAUCCGGUUCUCGCAGAUCUGCGCCCGCGCCGUGCGGGCCGCCAUGAAGCCGCAGUUCCGGGACGAGGCGGAGCGGGCGGCGGCUGCCAACGUAAAGAUCGUGAAGCCCAAGAAAGAGUAAGGAACUGACCUGUGGUGACGACCAGACGGACAAAACGUGACGUGGAGUUAAGUUCGCCGAUCCACAGGAGCACGGUGUAACUUUUUUUCUAAGCUUGCUGUAAAGUCUGGCUGUCCAUGUAAAGGAUCAUGCCAAUAAAGAAAAUGAUGUGUCAGUAUAA